AUGGAUGAGCAAAACUGCGUGUUUGCUUCAACACACAGCGUGCCCAUCUUCUCGUUUGCGAGGCUUCGCAGAUGUGUCACACUGGACAGCGAAGACAAGUCCAAGUCUGGCGAUCAGAAGACCAGCUCAUCGGCGUCCAUGUCGUCCAUCCACAACAACAAUAUCAGCAACGCAGUAUUCAACAACCAUCGUACAAUCCCUCACCACUCCGUUUCUUUUUCCGAAACACGCAAUACACAAUCCGUAACCAGUCCCGUCUCACCACCCGACAGUCACCGCAAUGGACUGCUGGACUUUGCUCACUUCAGAUGUUCCAGAAAACCACCAAUUGAUCCAAAACACCGGAGCACCUCCAAGACCAGGCCAUCUUCAACAUCCUCUUCUGCUUCAUCACAUUCCUCCUCUCCCAAGAGCACACCGACCACGACCCCAACAGCCACGUCAGCUCUACCCAAGUUUUUCUCAGCCAUUCCCAUCAAGCCAAGACCUCUAACUAAGACGGCUCAAUCUACAUUAACUUUCAACUCCAGCCAGGUGGAGAAACCGGUGUUCAGGCGAUACUUAUCUCUGAUUGUUUUUCCUUCGAGCCUUAAGCAAAUUCCGUUCACCGUGCCUGCUUCACCAUACGGACCAAAACACAGAAGCGGCUUUAGGAAAGGGGAAUAUCGAUCUUUGGACUACACCCCGACAUAUGGAAGAUCGGAGCCGACUUCUCCCACGGCAAAACGACCCUCAGUAGAAAUCCCCGGAGCAUACGCUCUAGGAAGCAUUGACCCCGCUCUUUACAAAGUCGCCGAUGAGGACGACCACUACGACAUCCCGCCGGACCACAUCGGCCGAGUCUGGUUCGCCACCGAGUACGAGCGGGAGACGGAGAGACUGAUGGUGACUUUGAUUAAGGCCAAGAACCUACCCAGCCGGACCCAGGGAGUGGACAACUCGUGCGAUCCUUUCGUCAGGUAG